CUGCUUUACUAUAAUUUUUAUUUUUUAUUUUCUCUCUUUUUUCAGCUCAGGAUUGAGUAUACCCUAUUCUUAUUUUUAUCAUUGGCCAGCCCCGCCAUGUGCUUCUGCUGAUGAAUUUUAUUGUGAUAAUCAUAAAUGUAUUUCUAUUAUUUUACGUUGUGAUGGUUAUGAUCAUUGUGGUGAUUCUAGUGAUGAAAUGUGUAAAGGAGGAGAAAUACAUAUUGAAUAUGAUCCUUUAUGGAAAAGUGCAGUUUUAACCGUUAUUUUUGCUUUAUUAGCUUUAUUGUUACUUACACUUUUAAUGGUUUUACUUGUUUCACGCACUGCUCGUCGCCAUUUAAUUCAUUCAUUACCUUCACGCUCAACUCAAUGUAUUAAUCGAAAUCAACGGAGGAGAGGGAGAAGAGAAGCUUCUGCUGUAACUGCAAGUAUUGGAAAUAAUCAGCGGGUGGCUAAUUGUUGUCAGGGUACAGGAGGGAGAUUAAUGCCAGGUAUUACUCAUCACCAGAAUUGUUCACAUUUUAACAAUACAAUUAUUAAUAACUGUCAACAUCCAACAAUUCAAACACUUGGAGAUAGAAGAUUUUAUUUAUUCCCUUCAGAUAGAGCACCUAUUAGUUUAAUUGAAGCUCCCCCAACUUAUCAGGAUGCUCUUAAACAUCCAAAAUUCACAGCCCCUCCAGCACGUAAUUCUCGACAUCUUGUCCAUCCAACUACUGACAGACCAGAAAUUUCUGAUUUUCAAAAUUUAAAUUUUCGUUUAUCUCCCAAUGAACUACAAAUGGAAUUUGAAGAAAUUGAAAGGGAAAAUGAAAGGAUUAGAUGGUUACAAAUGAAUGAAAAUGGGUUUGAAGAAGAAGAAGCAGAGGUAAUUGAAAGAAAUGAGGAAAGGGAAGAACAAGAAGAAGAUAACAAUAAAGAAGAAGAAUUACCCCAAACAAUUAAUUUAGUGGAUGAAUUUGAGGAAAUUAAUUUAAAUGAUGAUAAUGAAGAUGGAAAAAGUAAAAAAGAAGAAAAGUGUGAAGAAGAAUGUUGUUAUAUUUCUGGGCCUAGUACAUCCAAAAAUGAUGAAAGAAAUGAAAAUUCUAAAAAAGAAGAGAAUAAUUCUAAUAUUUCAACAAAUUUAAGCAAAAUAUUAAAAAAAGAAAUUAUUAAUUCAAAAGAAAAAUGUGAAGAAAAUAAAAGAAGUAUUACAAAUAUAAUAAGGCCAUCAAGUGCCCGUUCAAGUAAAAUUUUGAAUGGAGAAAAUAAUUAUAGAAUGCAAAACAGUUUUUGA